AUACAGUUCGUCAGUGCUCCCGGAAGUGACGCAAAGGCCCCGCCUUCUCUUUCCGCGUUUUCGCCGUUCUGCGGUGUGACUCCUCUCAGGUUCAGCUGGUCCGGCCGCGCCCGCCACAGCCGCCCCGCGUCGUCGCCAUGUCGCGGUUUUUCACCACCGGUUCGGACAGCGAGUCAGAGUCGUCCCUUUCCGGGGAGGAGCUCGUCACCAAACCUGUCGGGGGUAACUACGGCAAACAACCAUUGCUGCUGAGUGAGGAUGAAGAAGAUACCAAGAGAGUUGUUCGAAGUGCCAAGGACAAGAGGUUUGAGGAGCUAACCAACCUUAUCCGGACUAUUCGUAAUGCCAUGAAGAUUCGGGAUGUCACCAAGUGCCUGGAAGAGUUUGAGCUCCUGGGAAAAGCAUACGGGAAAGCUAAGAGUAUUGUGGACAAGGAAGGUGUUCCCCGGUUCUAUAUUCGCAUCCUGGCUGACCUGGAGGACUAUCUUAAUGAGCUAUGGGAAGACAAGGAAGGGAAGAAGAAGAUGAAUAAGAACAAUGCCAAGGCCUUGAGCACCCUGCGCCAGAAGAUCCGAAAAUAUAACCGAGAUUUUGAGUCCCAUAUUACAAAUUACAAGCAGAACCCUGAACAGUCUGCAGAUGAAGAUGCUGAGAAGAAUGAGGAGGAUUCAGAAGGCUCUUCAGAUGAGGAUGAGGACGAGGACGGAGUCAGUGCUGCAACUUUCCUGAAGAAGAAAUCCGAAGCUCCUUCUGGGGAGAGUCGCAAGUUCCUCAAAAAGCUGGAGGAUGAAGAUGAGGAUUCAGAAGAUUCAGAAGAUGAUGAAGACUGGGACACAGGCUCUACAUCAUCUGAUUCAGACUCAGAGGAAGAAGAAGGGAAACAGACUGUGCUGGCUUCAAAAUUCCUUAAAAAGGCCCCCGCCACAGAGGAGGACAAGAAAGCGGCUGAGAAGAAACGGGAAGAUAAAGCCAAGAAGAAGCACGAUAGGAAAUCAAAGCGUCUGGACGAGGAGGAGGAGGACAAUGAAGGCGGGGAGUGGGAAAGGGUCCGAGGUGGAGUGCCCCUCGUUAAGGAGAAACCAAAAAUGUUUGCCAAGGGAACUGAGAUCACCCAUGCCGUUGUCAUCAAGAAACUGAAUGAGAUCCUGCAGGCACGAGGCAAGAAGGGAACUGAUCGUGCAGCCCAGAUUGAGCUGUUACAGCUGCUGGUUCAGAUUGCUUCUGAAAACAAUCUUGGGGAGGGUGUCAUUGUCAAGAUCAAGUUCAAUAUCAUUGCAUCUCUCUAUGACUACAACCCCAAUCUGGCCACAUACAUGAAGCCCGAGAUGUGGCAGAAGUGCCUGGACUGCAUCAAUGAGCUGAUGGACAUCCUGUUUGCAAACCCCAACAUCUUUGUUGGAGAGAACAUUCUGGAAGAGAGCGAGAAUCUGCAUAAUGUUGACCAGCCGCUGCGUGUCCGUGGCUGUAUCCUAACUCUGGUGGAACGGAUGGAUGAAGAAUUUACCAAAAUAAUGCAAAAUUCUGACCUGGAUCAGGUAGAAAAUGAAGGCGAGGACUCAGCUGUGCUGAUGGAGAGAUUGUGCAAGUACAUCUAUGCCAAGGACCGCACAGACCGUAUCCGGACGUGUGCCAUCCUCUGCCAUAUCUACCAUCAUGCCCUGCACUCCCGCUGGUUUUUCGUCCAACGACAUCACCCCCUCACCAAACCCUGUGCCUCGCCUCCCCUCCAGUCUGACCUGGAUCAGGUAGAAAAUGAAGGCGAGGACUCAGCUGUGCUGAUGGAGAGAUUGUGCAAGUACAUCUAUGCCAAGGACCGCACAGACCGUAUCCGGACGUGUGCCAUCCUCUGCCAUAUCUACCAUCAUGCCCUGCACUCCCGCUGGUACCAGGCCCGUGACCUCAUGCUUAUGAGCCACUUACAAGACAACAUUCAGCACGCAGACCCUCCAGUACAGAUCCUAUACAACCGCACCAUGGUGCAGCUGGGCAUCUGCGCUUUCCGGCAAGGCCUGACCAAGGAUGCCCACAACGCCCUGCUGGACAUCCAGUCAAGCGGCCGGGCCAAGGAGCUUCUGGGCCAGGGUCUACUGCUGCGCAGCCUGCAGGAGCGCAACCAGGAGCAGGAGAAGGUGGAGCGGCGCCGGCAGGUUCCCUUCCACCUGCAUAUCAACCUGGAGCUGCUGGAGUGUGUUUAUCUGGUGUCUGCCAUGCUCCUGGAGAUUCCCUACAUGGCCGCUCACGAGAGUGAUGCCCGCCGUCGCAUGAUCAGCAAACAGUUCCAUCACCAGCUCCGGGUGGGCGAGCGACAGCCCUUGCUGGGUCCCCCUGAAUCAAUGAGGGAACAUGUGGUCGCUGCCUCAAAGGCCAUGAAGAUGGGUGACUGGAAGACCUGCCACAGUUUUAUCAUCAACGAGAAGAUGAACGGCAAAGUGUGGGACCUUUUUCCCGAGGCUGACAAAGUCCGAACCAUGCUGGUUAGAAAGAUCCAAGAAGAGUCUCUGCGGACCUACCUUUUCACAUACAGCAGUGUCUAUGACUCCAUCAGCAUGGAGACACUGUCUGACAUGUUCGAGCUGGACCUGCCCACCGUGCAUUCCAUCAUCAGCAAGAUGAUCAUUAACGAGGAAUUGAUGGCCUCCUUGGACCAGCCAACGCAAACAGUGGUGAUGCACCGCACCGAGCCCACUGCCCAACAGAACCUGGCUCUACAGCUGGCGGAGAAGCUGGGCAGCCUGGUGGAAAAUAACGAGCGGGUGUUUGACCACAAGCAGGGCACCUAUGGUGGCUACUUCCGAGACCAGAAGGAUGGCUACCGCAAAAACGAGGGCUACAUGCGCCGGGGUGGCUACCGCCAGCAGCAGUCUCAGACAGCCUACUGAUCAUGCCACUUCUGUCCCCAUGGCCUCGACCAUUCAGCCUUUAAGUCCUGAAACAUCCCAGUCAUUAAAGGUCUAUUUAGAGUCAUUAUA